CUGGACACCGCUGCUCAGUGGCAACUAGUCAGCGACAGCGCUAAAGACCUAGUCCAACAAAUGCUUAACUUAGACCCUAAACAGAGGAUAACGAUACAAGAGGUGCUCAAUCAUAGGUGGUUAAGGGAUCGAGACAAGGGUCUAAGGAUACACCUGACCGACACUGUAGAAGAACUAAAGAAAUUCAACGCUCGUAGGAAACUGAAAAGCUGUAUCCUGAAUAUUGUGAACUCUAGUAAAUGGUAUCCAUAUGACGAUCCAAAUGCGGACAACGUGUCGGACUGCGGUGAUGAUGAAGUGUCUUCCUCUGGUGAGUAG